AUUCGAUCAGUGCCACGAAAAAAAUGGAAAACCUAUCGCUAACUGGUUUGUUGAAGAGAGCCGCGUCGGAUUUCCCAACCCGGCGAGCCCUCUCAGUCUCCGGAAAAUUCGAUUUGACCCACGCGCGGUUACACGAGCUUGUCGAUCACGCCGCCUCUCUCUUGCUCGCCGCCGGCAUCUCCCCCGGAGACGUCGUCGCCCUCACCUUCCCCAAUACCGUCGAGUUUGUGGUGGCGUUUUUGGCCGUCAUUCGAUGCCGAGCCACAGCGGCGCCGUUGAACUCGGCUUACACGGCGGAAGAGUUCGAAUUCUCUAUAUCGGACUCAGAAGCCAAGCUUCUGAUAACGCCCAAGGAAGGGAACAAAUCGGCCGAAGCGGCGGCUUCCAAGCUCGGAAUCCCUCACGUGACCGCCACGCUCCGUGAUGGCGAAUCCGAACUCUCUCUCUCCUCCACAUCGGACGUGACCGCCGAGUCGACGUCGGUCGCCGGAAUCGUCAACGACCCGUCGGACGUGGCGCUCUUCCUCCAUACCUCCGGCACCACGAGCCGGCCUAAGGGCGUGCCGCUCACGCAGCUCAACCUAGCCUCCUCGGUGCGAAACAUCGUCUCGGUGUACAGACUCACCGAGUCGGACUCGACCGUGAUGGUCCUGCCCUUGUUCCACGUCCACGGCUUGAUCGCCGGCUUGCUGAGCUCUCUGUCCGCCGGAGCCGCCGUGACGCUCCCGUCCGCCGGAAGAUUCUCGGCGUCGACGUUCUGGUCCGACAUGCGCGCGUACAGCGCCACCUGGUACACCGCGGUCCCUACGAUCCACCAGAUCAUCCUGGACCGCCACCUCACCCGACCCGAACCGGCCUACCCGGAGCUCCGGUUCAUCCGGAGCUGCAGCGCGUCGCUAGCUCCGUCAGUCAUGGCUCGGCUCGAGGAAUCUUUCGGCGCGCCGGUGCUGGAGGCCUACGCAAUGACCGAGGCAUCUCAUCAGAUGUCUUCGAACCCGUUACCCGAAGACGGUGGGCACAAACCCGGGUCGGUGGGUAAACCCUUGGGCCAAGAAAUGGCGGUGCUGGACGUGAACGGUGUGCCCCAGCGAGAGGGUCUGAGCGGCGAGGUGUGUAUAAGGGGACCCAAUGUGACCAAGGGUUAUAAGAACAAUCCGGAGGCCAAUAAAUCCGCUUUUUCGCUCGGGUGGUUUCACACCGGGGAUAUCGGGUUUUUUGAUUCGGAUGGGUAUUUGCAUCUUGUGGGUCGGAUCAAGGAGCUCAUUAACCGUGGAGGUGAGAAGAUAUCACCAAUUGAAGUGGAUGCAGUGCUUUUAUCUCAUCCGGACAUUGGUCAGGCUGUUGCCUUUGGGGUUCCUGAUGACAAAUAUGGUGAAGAGAUAAAUUGUGCCAUAAUUCCCAGAGAAGGGUCUCACAUAGAUGAAGAAGCGGUGCUGCAAUGUUGCAAGAAGAAUCUUGCAGCUUUCAAGGUCCCCAAGAAGGUUUUCAUCACUGAUUCUCUUCCAAGAACUGCUACCGGGAAGAUUCAACGGCGGGUAGUAGCGGAGCAUUUCCUUGCUCAAAUCUCCACUGCCAAAGUGCCCAAGUUUGGAGCCUAAUCUGUUUCCCCAAACCAUUCACAUGUCAAUGGUAGAAAUACCAGCCAUUUAAUUUUUAGCUCCGAUCACUUUUUCUUGUGUUGGAAAAUUCUUUUGCCAGUUGUUGGUUAAGAAGACACGGCUCUAGACUCUUUUCUUCUC